AUGGACAGAGCUGCUGUGGUGUCGGGCCGCAGGAGUCCCUCAGGGCCAGAAUACAACGUCUCGACCUCCACCUUGGCCUUCGACCAGGAUUUCACCAGGACUGGCAAAGGAAUUCUCCUCAUGGCUGAGAUAGUGUGUGGUAUGUUAGUGUGGAUUCUGGUUGGGGGUACAGAGUAUUUUCAUCUGCCUGCUCUUUGCUGGGUGAUGUUUGUUGCCAUCUUGUGCUGGGUGCUGACUGUUUGCCUCUUUAUAAUUUACCUCACUGGAGCUCACAAGAGGAUACCACAGGUCCCCUGGACUACACUGUCGCUGUGUCUGAACUGUAGUGCUGCAGCUCUGUAUCUGGUGACAGCAGUAGUAGAUGCUCUGACAGUCAACCAGGCCAUUAGGGGGCGACACAACUACAACUGCUGGGCAGCAUCUGCAUUCUUUGCUUUUCUGACCACACUGUGCUAUGCAGGAAGCAGUUUCCUGAGCUACCGUGCCUGGAAAACCACAGAAGAUGAGCAGUAGUCUCACUCCUGACUCCUCCAGACUCCUGUUUUAUGGCAACAUUGUUCAGACUUUCUACAGUAUGAGGAAAAUGUCUGAAGGAGAGAGAUCUAACUUCAGACUGGUUCACUGAGAACACAAAUCAGUCUGAAAACACUGGAAUCUGAUAGAUUCAAACCAAAAACUUGUUAUAAAAAUGUUUGCUGUUUUAGAUUUGAGGUUGCAUAUUUUGUAACUGUAGUGGUGUCACACUCACAAGAACAGUGCUGUCAGGUGCCUGUACUUUUGGACCCACUAGCUUUCAGUGCAUUUUGUCCCUAGUGUCCCUAGUUUUUUGGUUUUUUGAUUUUUACCAUGUAAUCUUUUUUUCUCCAUUACCAUUACAUUCAACCAAGUUGGUUUUUAUUUUGUUUUAACAAGAGGAAAAAAGUCUGAUUCAUACCUUUCACAAAGGUUUGUAUGCAGCGUGCAAAAAAUUUAAUGAGGCUCAGACUGAACAUUUUACAAAUUUUCCCAACCAUUAGAAAUAUGCAGAAAUACGAAACAUGCAGUCUUUUGAAUAAUCUCUUGUUAUCCUUGCAGUUAGAAUUUCUCAAAAUACAUGUGAUUUUGAUUAAAAGUGCAAUGCAUUACGACAUUA